CCGGAGAUCUAGCUACCAACAAGUACGAAAAACAAGCUAAGAACAACCACCCUGCAGGGCGGCACGUAGUACUCCAUGGCGCUCACCGGCGACUACAAGCUCAUCAGCACCGAGGACAUGCUCCAAGGCCACGCCGAGCUCUGCAUCCACGCCUACGGCUUCGUCAAGUCCAUGGCGCUCAAAUGCGCCAUAGAGCUCGGCAUUCCCGGCGCCAUCCACGGCAACGGCGGCGGCGCCACGCUCGGCGAGCUGGCCACCAUUAUCGCCCUCCCUCCCUCCAGGCUCCCGCGCCUGCGCCGCCUCAUGCGCGUGCUCACCGUCUCGGGCGUCUUCUCCGUCCAACACCAGCAGCCGGACGACUCCGCGGGCUGCGCCAUCGUCGUCUACGGGCUCACCUCAGCCUCCCGCCUCCCCGCCGGCGACGGUGAGGCGUCGUCCGGACUGUCCCGUCUAGUGUCCCUCAUGGUCGACCCGAACCUCACCGCGCCGUUCUCCGGCAUGAGCGCGUGGUUCAUGGACGACGAGCAGCCGCGCUCCUUCUUCGAGAUGCACCACGGCGAGGACAUGUGGGAUAUGGCCGCGCGGGAGGCUGCUCUGAGCAGGACGAUAGGCGACGGCAUGACCGACGACAGCCGCUUCGUCGUGGAGGUGCUCCUGAGGGAGGGCCGCGCGCGCGACGUCUUCUCCGGGGUGCGCUCGAUGGUCGACGUCGGCGGCGGCACCGGCACCAUCGCAAAGGCCAUCGCGGCAGCUUUCCCGCACGUUGAGUGCAGCGUCCUGGAUCUCCCACACGUCGUCGCGGAGGCCCCCGCCGGCGGAGAGGUGCGAUUCAUCGAGGGCGAUAUGUUCGAGCACAUUCCCCCGGCCGACGCUGUUCUGCUCAAGUCAGUGAUGCACGAUUGGCGUGACGACGAGUGCGUCAAGAUACUACGAAGGUGCAAAGAGGCAAUCCCUUCCAGAGAAGCUGGAGGGAAGGUGAUAAUCAUAAACAUGGUGGUUGGUUUUGAAAAGUCGAAGGGUAAUAGUACUAAAAAGGAGGAGGCACAAGCAUUGUACGAUCUCUUCCUCAUGGUUUUUGAGGGAGGUGAACGAGAAGAGCAUGAGUGGGAGAAGAUCUUCUUGGAAGCCGGAUUCAGUGGCUACAGUAUCAUACCUAUGCUAGGAAUUAGGUCCAUCAUCGAGGUCUAUCCUUAACUAAACAACAAACUUGCUAUGCAACCUUGGUAAAUAAUGUUCAAACUUCGUAAGCUAAUUAUUGCCUAUAUUAAUUUAUGCUUUAUAUAUGUAUGUGCACAGCAUGUACGCCCUGCUUGUCCUUCAAGUUUGUGCGGGUUUAAUUUGCUCAAAUUAGCUGGCUUUCAUGUUUGGGUCAGAGAUGAAUGUAGUCAUUUAUGUAUCUUGGAGUGUAUGCAAGUUACUCCAAAUUGUUUUUCAUCGGUGUAAUAAAGAUGUGUUGAUAAUA